AUGCCUGCUUUCAACCUUCCCCUUCUUUACGACACAAUCAUUGUCGACAUUCUGAAUGUUUUCUGCACAUACUCAUACAAUGGUUUCAAUAGUACCAUUGACUCCAAGGUCUUUAGCAGGAUGGUUGCCUCACAGAUAUGGGGGGAUCACGAAACAGGAAAACUUACAAACGAUGAGGCUCAUGCAGCACUUGCCAAAGAGUUCAAAGUGAACAUAGAUGACGUCCGUUCUGCCAUGAUUGGAGCAAUAACAACUCUAUCCCCUCGACAAGAGAUGGUUGAUCUGAUUCGAUCCCUAAAAUCUGGGCGCAAAAUUUACGCGAUGUCAAAUAUGUCUGAACAUUCAUGGAACAUGAUCAGGCAUGCCAAACCUACGCACUGGGAUAUCUUUGAUGACGUCUUCAUAUCUGGUUCUGUUGGGUAUCGCAAACCUGAAAUGUUGUUCUAUCAACAUGUUCUCCAGAAAACGGGCGCUAAACCUUUGCACACCAUAUUUUUAGACGACACCCAGGAGAACCUGGCAACAGCACGUAUAUUUGGAAUUAGGCCCAUCAUUUUUGACAGCUUUUCCAAUCUUGAAAGGACCCUAAUAAACCUAUGCGGUGAUCCUGUCUCCCGAGCUAAAGCUUUCCUUGUCAGAAAUUCGAAAAAACACCAUUCCUACGCUUCCACCGGCCAGAUCAUCUACGAAAACUUCUGUCAGUUGAUGAUACUAGAGGCAACCCAAGAUCCCUCUAUAGUCGAUUAUCGUGUCCACAAGGAGGAGUGGAACUUUUUCCAGAGGUCAAGUGGACAGUAUACAGACGCAAUAUUUCCAGCCGACCUCGAUACUACAUUCAUGGCGUGGACAGUGAUCCCGGAGGUUACAACCGACACUGUCAAGCACAGAAUAAUGGAUAGAGUAAUUUCGGACCUUUUGGAUAACGAUGGAAUUCCACUUUCUUAUUUUGAUAGAAAUCGUGCGAGAAGAGACCACGGAGUCUGCGUAAACGUUCUCAGCAUGUUCUAUGCAAGCGGGCGAGGCCAUGAGGUCGAACGGGCAACCGACUACCCUGAAAGCUUUUGUUCUCGAUUAUUGGAAAGGUCUUCUCUGCUCGAAUGUCGUAUGGGGGAUUUGCUUAAAGAAUGCUGCCGUCAGCGCAUCGGAUCCCCUACAGACCCUUUGGCACUAGCCAUGCGUCUUCAUUGUUGCACACGCCGUGGUCUCGAUGCCAGUGUCGAUUUUAAGAAGCUCAUCGAGUUACAGCAGGUAGAUGGUGGGUGGGAAGGCGGAAUCAUCUAUACAUAUGGAUUGGUCAAUAUAACAGUUGGUAAUAGGGGCUUAACCACAGCAAUAGCUCAUAGGGCUAUCACAGAGUAUCUCUCCAAGUUUGGUCCCACUUCGAGCUAG